GGGGCGGGAGGGCAUGAUGGAGGGAGGCGUGGGAGCAGUGUGUGAGGCGGCGGCAGCAGAGGCGGCGAGGUGAGCGGGCGGCAAGCGGAAGCUUCACCACAAAGACGGCGGCGGCGGCAGCAGCGACGGCGGGAUCGAGGACGCUGAGAACUGGUUUUCUUUAGACAAAGAGUAGCAGGAAGAUGCAGCCCCCCGUCGUCGCUGAUUUAUAAAGUUUGCCUUAAUGAAUACAUCUUUGAACACUAUCCCCAUUCUCUUCAGGCAGCCUGCAGUCUGUGGCCUGUCCCAGAUUACCAGCAGCCUCUACCUCGGCAAUGGCUUGGCCGCUAAUAACAAGGUCAUACUGUCCAGCAACCAAAUCACCACCGUCAUUAACGUGUCUGUGGAGGUGGUAAAUACCUUCUACGCCGACAUUCAGUAUGUCCAAGUGCCUGUGGCCGACACCCCGCUUUCCCGCUUGUACGACUUCUUUGACCCAAUCGCCGACAAGAUCCACACGGUGGAGAUGCAGCAGGGCCGCACGCUGUUGCACUGCGCGGCCGGAGUCAGCAGGUCAGCGGCCCUCUGCCUGGCCUACCUCAUGAAGUACCACUCCAUGUCCCUGCUGGACGCCCACACCUGGACCAAGUCCUGCCGACCCAUCAUUCGGCCCAACAACGGAUUCUGGGAACAGCUCAUUCAUUACGAAUUCAAACUCUAUGGCAAAAACACAGUUCGGAUGGUGAACUCUCCCUUUGGCGUGAUCCCGGAUGUUUAUGAGAAGGAGGUCAGAGUAAUGAUCCCACUGUGAUGGUAAUUAGCUUUCUGCUAUUCAGGGUGAAGGGUGCAGACCUGUCAUUCACUCUAGACCACGGUCUGAACUUGAAAAUAAACUCUUCAGCUCGAGUAUGAUACUUUGAUCGAUACGGAAAAGCAGAUGACAAUGUGAGGUCAAGGAGUGAGCUCUCCUGGGGGCUUUAACCUUGAAUCAGCAUCUAUAAAGAAUAAAACUCAGUCACUAUAAAAGUUAUCAAGAACUUAGUGAUUGAGAACCUCCCCGCCUGUGCCCAAUUCCCCUAGUCAGGGAGGACAAGGGAGCAGGGGAGGUGGGCUCCAAACAUUCACUCCACAGCAAAGAGCCGCCGACAGGCGGCCUCUUGGAGCCGAGCCAUAGCUGAUGGGUCUGCAAUGUUGACCGUCACUCCUGGGACCAGAUCUGUGUCCUUCCUCCCCUUCUCUGCCCGCCGCCUCCCCCUCCAGUUACUUUCUGGUGAGUCCGGCCCGAUGGGCCCUUUGGACAUUCUGGGGCUGACCAGUGACUGAAGGGGGAUGUCUCUCCAUGUCCUGAGCCAAACCAGUUUUUCUGCCCCUGCUCUCACCCCUCUCACAGGCAUCCAGAGAGCAUUCUAAUGUCUCACUAAGGGACACACUGAAGGGGUACCCCUUUUCAUCUCGCCCUUUCAUGGCACCCUCCUGAAGUUCAUCUAACUGAGCCCUACCUUGGCAUUCAUAAUGCCAGGUAGGUAGGCUGAGACCCCGGAGCUCAAGCUUUCUUCCCUUGGAAUGAACAGUUUAUAUCUGUGCCUACUGAAAUCAAUUGCAGGGAUCAAAUAAAUGGCACACGUAGGGUAGGGUGUGCCUGUAGGUGGCCGCUCUCUCCCCUCCCCCAGCCUGAACCCCUCCUCUGGUGUCCCCUCCCCCAGCCCUUCAAGUGGGAUGAUGUCUAAUUAUGUCCUAAUUGGGUUAGUAGCAGGGUUCCCUGGAGCACAUUUUUUAUUGGUGAAAGAUCUUUUACAACAAAGGAUCCUUAAUAAAACUUGCAAAAAUUUUUAAACUGCCUCUUUUUUCUUCUUGCUGAAUUCUGCUCCUCCCAUCAAACUUCCUCAUAAAGAGCCAACUUUGAAAUGUAAGCUUCAUCCUGGCCCAUCAUCUGAGCCAGCCAUUUGCCAGAUUUCAUGCUAGGGCUCCCAAGGGGGCCAAACAGGGCCCCACUUGGUGGGGCCCACCUCAUGCCUCCUCCCCGUCUGGCACCUCAUCGAUCCCUUACGUUUGUAGAGUGCUCUAGUGUUUAUAAGAGGGCCCUGCCUUUUAACCAGUGGCUCAGGUACACCCCACCUAGCCCCGCUAGAUCUGGACCCAUAUACCUAGUGACUCAAGCAUUGUGGCUUAGUAUUUAGAAUACUGGCCUCGGGCAAGAACACCUGGGUUUAAACCCCACCUCUGCCAUGAGCUGUGUGACUGUGGUCCUCACCUAGCUAGGUCUCCGAGCCUCUCAGUGGGGUUUCCCAGUCCUUCUAGUCCAAACUCAGCAUUUUACAGAUAGAAAAGCUGAAGUCUAUGGGGUUUAAAUGACUUGCCUAAAGUCACAGAAAUAGUGGCGGUCAGGGUUCAAACCCAAGUCCUCUGACACCACUUCCAACUCCUUUCCACUGGACCACACUUCCACAGUAAGCAGAGCUCUUGCAUGUGACUGAAGCCACUGGGAACAGAACUCUAAUAUUUCCUACUAGAACCAUGGGUUACCCAAACUAUAAGGGAUCACUCAGAAAAAGAAAAUGGUUGACUUUUUUUUUUUUUUGGUAAAUAGUGUCUAUAGAGAGUUGACCUUUAGAGUCAGGAAGACUUGAGUUCAAAUGCUGCCUCUGGCACAUAGGAACUAUGUGACCUAGGGCCUCUCUGUUCCCCACCCCCAUCCCUACCCCAAAGACUCUACGAUUAUAAAUGCCAACUUGCAAUGGUAGAGGUCUCAGGAGUUCCGGACACCAAUGAAGACACAUGUCCAGUUCAAAAAGAAAAAUGCCUAAGAUGCUGUUUUUUGGACUGGACUCAACUCCCAUUAGCAGAGGGUAGCCCAUCCCCACCCCACAGAGGCAGUUGGAUUUACAAAGCACUGAUCCUCUGAGGGAUCAUUUUAGAGGAUUCUUUCAGUGACAGGGCCCUGCUUUUCAACCUAUGGUUCACCGUUUGUGCAGACCCUAAUUCAGCGCUGGCCUAGAUUUGAAGUCUUUCUCUGCCUUACUUAAACAGAAACAGAUGUAAUGGAGGAUAUGUAACCCACAUACCUAGUACAAUAAGAAGUAAGGAUAGGUAGACCCAGAGGAAGGCAAAUGACUUCUCCAAGGUUACACAGCUAGUUAUCGGCAGA